AGUCAGGGUUGUCAUGUCAGAUACCCAGUCUAGGCACGCCGGAUCGCCGUCAGACUGUUUCUUUUUCAGUGUGACGAAACGCAAUGCACGGAAAUGGCCCGGGCUGAAGACCUCGAUCUAUACCGUUGCCCAGUUUGUCUGGAUGUAUUGAAUGAUCCUGUAUCUAUUCCUUGUGGGCAUAGUUACUGUUUGGGCUGCAUCACUGACUGUUGGGAUCAAGAGGAACAGAAACUCGACGAUCUUAACAGCUGUCCCCAGUGUCGGGAGACUUUCAGCACCAAGCCAGCUCUAAAGAGAAGUGUCGUGCUGGCCGAGCUGGUUGACAAAUUUAAGUCCACACAGGCUGAACUGAACCAGCUGCAGCCUUAUGCUGACCCAGGGGAUGUCGUAUGUGACAUUUGUCAUGGAAGAAAAUUGAAAGCCGUGAAGUCUUGUCUGGUGUGCAUGGCGUCCUAUUGUGAGGCGCACAUACAGCCUCACUACCAGUCUGCCGCUCUGAAAAAGCACACUCUCUCCGAAGCCUCUCCGAAACUACAGGAUAACAUCUGCCCUCAGCACAACCGACUUCUUGAGCUCUUCUGUCGUACUGAUGGGGUCUGCAUCUGCUUCAUGUGUACCACGGAGGAACACCAGGGCCAUGACAGCGUCUUGGCAUCCAAGGAAAGGGCAGAGCAGCAGAAAACGUUUGAGGAAGCAACAGAAUUGUGCCAAGAGGUGAUCUGCCAAAGGAAUAAGGAGCUGAACAGCCUGGUUGAUGGCACUCAUUUCCUAAAGGAUGCAGCACAGGAGGUAGUGGACCACUGUGGACAGGUGUUCACUGAACUUCUCCAACUUGUUACGGGGGCUCGUACGAAGGCAAUGGCGACAAUUGAACAAAAGCAGAGAGCAGCAGAGAGCGAGGCUGAGGGAACCAAGAAGGAGCUGGAGCGCGAGCUAGCCGAGCUGAAGAGCAAGGAGGUUGUACUGAAGCAGCUCCCUCAGCAAGAUGAUGUUCAUUUCCUCAAGGAGCUGCAGCAAAUUCCAGCUGAAUACGACACCAAGAGUUAUGGUGUGAAACCUAUUUCCUUUGGGCUAAUAAAGAAAUCAAUCAGUGAACUCGAGGACAAAAUGGAGGCUAUCUGUUCAGAGUUUGAGAAGAAGGUUUCUGAAGAAGAGUCCACCAUCAUAUUGGAGAUGAAGGAUGUCAGUAAUUUCAGUGGACGUGUCAGAAGUCCUUCAGUCCUUUGGAAGAAGUGUGGAAAAUUGUAGUGAAACCACACUUGGAUGGAGAGAAAAAGUUUCUGGGCUUUUUUGUUGAUGCAAGUUCAGAGAUUGAGGGCAAGUCAUGUUCGGUUGAAGGCAUUUUGGAGGUCAUAAACCAACAGGACAUGAAGAACUCAUAUAGGCGGAGCAUAACCCACACGUUCUGCAAGAAGGAAUCAAACUGGGGCUACUCCAAGUUCAUGCCAUGGGAUCACUUCAUGAAUCCAGAGAAAGGAUAUGUUAAAGACAACAAAGCCAUCUUCUUUGUUACUUUUGGAGUAAAUGAUCAACCAUACGUGGUUCUUUUGUUUGUUUUUAUUGACCUGCCAAAGUGUUCUGUGAAAGUUAAAUAGGUGGUCUGAGGGUUAUAAAUCAGUCUUUGAAAUGUUUGUAUAUUUAGACAUUUUAUCUGAUUAAAUAAAUUGAAUAAAUAAAUGCCUUGAAUUAUGAACAA